GGCGCAGCGGGGCCAUGUCGGCUCCGCGGGCCGCGGGCGCCGAGCGCGGCUGGGGGCUGGAGACCGAGCCGGAGCCGGAGCCGGAGCCAGGCAGCUGCAGCACCCAGACAUCGCACCGGCUGCUGGCCUACAGCGAUGCGCUGCUCUCCAUCAUCGCCACCGUGAUGAUUUUGCCGGUGGCUCACACAAAAAUACAUCCUGAUCAGAAAUUAGGUGAAAGUGUUCAGCAACUUCUUCUAGCAAAAAUUGCUGUCUACUUGAUGACCUUCUUAAUAGUCACAGUGGCAUGGGCAGCUCAUGUAAGGUUGUUCCAAGUCAUUGAGCUUAUAGAUGAUGUCCUGGCUCUUCUGAAUCUGGCUUGUAUGAUGAUCAUAACUUUCUUGCCAUAUACAUUUUCCUUAAUGGCCUCCUUUCCAGAUGUACCUUUUGGUAUCUUCCUGUUCAGUGCCUGUGCUGUUGUCAUUGGCCUUAUACAGGCUGUGAUAGUAGCAUAUGGAUUCUAUCACCCACACUUACUGAAUCAACAGAUACAGGACUCUGAAAAUCAGAAUUUCUAUAAACGUCAUAUCCUAAAGAUCAUCCUAAGAGGACCAAUUUUAUGCUUUUUAGCAGCCAUCUUUUCUUUUUUCUUUAUUCCUUUGUCUUAUGUACUUCUUGGACUCGUAAUCAUUUUUCCACAUCUCACUCGAUUCAUUAAAUGGUGUAAAACCAAAAUUGUUGGUCAGAGAAAUGAAGAGGAGGAACACCACAGCUUAGAAACCUUCACUUUUUACCUCAGUGAGCCUCUGAGUAAGGAACGGGUAGAAGCAUUCAGUGACGGAGUCUAUGCUAUUGUAGCAACCCUGCUCAUUUUGGAUAUAUGUGAAGACAAUGUCCCUGAUCCCAGAGAAGUUGAAGAGAAGUUCCAUGGCAGUCUUCUUGAAGCUUUAAGUGAAUACGGGCCAAACUACCUUGCUUACUUCGGCUCAUUUGUUACAAUCGGUCUCCUGUGGUUUGUCCAUCACUCCCUUUUCCUCUAUGUAACAAAAGCUACCCGAUUAAUGGGACUGCUUAACAUACUUUCGUUGUCUUUCAUUGGUGGGCUUCCACUAGCUUACCAGCUGACCAGUGAAUUUGCAGAGAAGUCUCAUAAUGAAAUAGAAGCCAUUCAGGUCAGCUGUGUUAUCACCUUCUUUGCCAGCAUAUUUCAGUUUGCAAUAUGGACUACAGCCCUCCUCAAUGAAAGGGAAACCUUGCAUCCGUUUGCUAGAUACGGUGGCAGGGAGCAUGCCUUUAUGUUUGCCAAGCUGGCCCUCUAUCCUUGUGUAAGCCUUGGGGCCUUCUUUCUAACGUGCUUGUUAAGUGAAUUUUCCACAGCAAUUUUCCAUCUUAUGCAGAUUGUAAUCCCAUUUGCUUUCCUUGCCUUGCGCAUUUUUGUCAGAAUUUCUUUAACUGUUGUAAAGGCCAUGAUGUCUCUCUCUAGACGGAAGGUUGUGUUGUUAGAAGAAGAAGAGGCAUGUUUGUCUCCUACUGAAACGCUGUCCUAAAUUUCCACGCAGUGCAUGUGAAGUUAUGAGAUUAACUUUAGUUCUUCUAACUCACAUUAUCUUCAUGUGUGGAUUAUACUGAUCUAAACCAAAGCCUGCGUUGACCAUAACUAGGGCAUAUUUAAGUUUUAGCUGGCCGUGCUCGAGACCCCUUUUCCAAAAUCUGCUUUUGAAAAUGUUGGGCAAAUAAAUAGGGGAUACAAAGACAAGCAUGUUCUGUUUCCUUUGGAGUUACUCUCCAGGAAAAAUUGCUACUUGACAUGUAACUGCAGUGAUGGUCGAUUAAGAAAUGCGCAAACGGGUACCCAGCAAAAUGGUAACCAAACACCAGAGUAGAAGCUGGUUGUGCUACUGUAAGAUAAGGAAGUGAGGUAUGAAAGACAAUGGAGACCUCUGGAUUUCUGGAAACUGCAUCAUGGUAGAACAUUUGUGCAUAUGGUUUGCUGGUCUUUUUU